ACAGCACAGCAGCACUUGUUGCUCCAAAGAACUGUUAUAACAGUGGCUCUCUCUCUGCCAGCUUUAUUUAGUUUUUAAUGCAGAAACUUGUUUUCUUCACCUGGGGGAUGUUCCAGCCAUAGAAAAGAGAUGUUUUAAAAGCUUUGUGGGAGCUGUUGCUGGGAGGAAACCUAGCUGCUGUUAACCGAAACCUUCUCUUGCCUCGUAGUAGAAAGAGAACAGCCACUGGCUUUGUGGGGGGGUGAAAAAUGACAGACACUGUUCCUGCUAAUGGGGAAGGAAAAGACCCUGACAUUGAACUCUUCGUGAAGGCUGGUAUAGAUGGAGAGAGUAUUGGGAACUGUCCUUUUUCACAGCGUCUCUUCAUGAUCCUCUGGCUCAAAGGGGUUGUGUUUAAUGUCACCACAGUUGACCUGAAAAGAAAGCCAGCUGAUCUACACAAUUUGGCCCCUGGGACUCACCCGCCGUUCUUGACUUUUAAUGGAGAGGUCAAGACUGACAUCAACAAAAUCGAGGAGUUCCUGGAGGAGAUGCUUGCACCUCCAAAGUACCCCAAGUUGGCUGCUGCACAUCGUGAAUCAAACACUGCAGGGAUAGAUAUCUUCUCCAAAUUCUCUGCAUACAUAAAAAACACCAAGCAGCAGGACAACACUGGCCUUGAGCGAGGUUUGACAAAGGCUUUAAAGAAGCUGGAUGACUAUCUGAACACCCCUCUCCCUGAAGAAAUCGAUGCAGACAGCACCGAAGAGGAGAAAGUGUCUAAACGCAAGUUUCUGGAUGGGGAUGAGCUGACGCUUGCUGAUUGCAACCUUCUGCCCAAACUUCAUGUUGUUAAGAUUGUAGCUAAGAAAUACCGCAACUAUGAGUUCCCAACAGAGAUGAUGGGGCUCUGGCGAUACCUGAAGAAUGCUUAUGCCAGGGAUGAAUUCACCAACACCUGUGCUGCGGACAAAGAAAUUGAGCAAGCUUAUGCAGAUGUGGCCAAGCGGCUCAGCAAAUCCUAACUGACGUCAGCAAGGGCUCAGUAUCCCCAGUUCACAGACUCCUCUCCUUGUUGCCUUAGGAUAUAUUCUUCAUCAUGUUUCUGGUUGGUAUCCCCAUGACUUCAGCUGUUAAAGUGUAUUGGUCAGGGCCAAAUCUGCCUCUCCCUAGAGAAAACAUAAGGCAACAGCAGAGGGGUAAAAAAACCCUCUGGAAUCUGAACCCAAGAGCUGGAGCAAGUAUUAUUAUUGGCAAUCAUCAGUAUUUGAAACUAUUCAUCUUUUUUUUUUUUUUUGGAAUAUCAGCCACCUAUUUUAUUGGGAACUUUAAAAAAUAGGAUAUUUAGCUGAAAAUUUCAAGUAGAUGGGUUAGGAAUGUACAGAACUGCUUCUUCUCUGGCCCUUUUCAAGGACACUUUUUUUCUGAUGUGAUCUAUCCAAAAUAACACUGCUAGUGGGAACCUUGAGGUAGUAGGAACGAGGUGUGUAUGAAAGCAAAAAGAGUUUGACCCUAAGGGAAAAAUUUUCUUAGCAGGUAUAUAUUCAGAAACCUCUGUUUUAAUGGGGCUGGAGGAGGUUAUAAGAUGCUCAUUACUGAUGUGGCGCUAGUGAGGAAAGCAUCAGUGAAUAUGUCAAACUUGCAGAUGCUGCUGGGCAUAUGAUUUGCAUAUUUCCACUUCAUCCAAAUCAUAAAAGGAAAAGAGAAUGAGAGAUGAACUGGGCAGUUCUCGGAACAGCAGUGCUGAUACCCAAAAGCCCACGGGCUCUCUGGGGGGACGUGCUCAGACGCUGUAGUGAUAGGGGCCAUAUAAUUACCCUGUUGUGUAGAAAGAAUCCUCACAGCUAGCUGACUCAUUUUAGAUAUUCUCACCUUAACUGUACAUUUGCCAGCUUAUUUAGAUUGGGAGCCAGUGGUGGGAGUGGAAAUCUGUUGCCUCGCAUGAAUGCCAGAUUGGGGAGAAAUACCCAAUUUAUUUUUGAGCUUUUGAAAUUGAUCUCCUUUCAAAGUUCAUCUCCCAUUCUAGAGAACAGGUUGGCCUGAAAACCUUAAGGAGGAUGAGCUAGAAGGGAGACCUGAAGCAGAGAAUCUCCCACUCCUAGCCAGAAGGUUGGCAAGUAUACCAGCACAAAUGCACAAUGGCUUUGUCCCACUCGUUUCCUGCUUCAUAUCACUGCUGUUUAAAUGACCCUUCUGACUGUGCACUAGGGCUGUUUUCCGAAGCGAUUACCAGUAGUUUGUGCUAUGGGCAGCCAUUGUAUGAACAGAUCUGCUUAGUACUGAUCACUUUAUUGGUGAAUUACUUUAAGAAAUUAAGAGCGACAAUUCUUUUGUAUGAAAUAUAAAAGAUUGAGCUGCCUUAGCUAGCUAUAUAUCAGGGAGAGGAAGGCUCCCAAUCUUCAUCAAAUCUGGAGAUGUAUAGUUGUUUGAAAAGAUAAAAGAAAAUUGAACUCUAGCACUCCUUAUCAGACCCCUGCUCCUGUAUGAAACCGCAGUGACCUCAGUGGGACUCCACACUGGCAAACCCUCAAAUGGGGGAACCCAGGAUCAGGCCCUUGUUUGCAAUUAGAAAGCUAAUGGACUGGAGACAACUUAUAAGGCCAGAAUCUGCUCUGUUACAUGGAUGUAGAUCUAGAAUAAUUCCAGUGACUUUGGUGGAGUUACUCUGCAUUCACACCAGCACAGCUAAGAACAGAAUCUUGCCCAUCGAAUGAUGACAUUUAUAGCUGACUGCAGUAUUGCACAGAGCAGUCAAUUUGUUCUGAACUUUCCAAAACCUUGGAAGAAAGUCCAUGAGCUCCCUAAUCUUCCCUCAGAAUGGGCUAUUUAAACAAGCAAAGGUUCACACUCUUUACAAUGUUGCUGAGAAAUUAACUGGCUCUGAGAGCACUAGUAACAGCCAGCAAAAUACAAUGAGAUUAGAAGAGUCCGCACAUGCACAUGGGGCUCAUUAAAAAUGUGUCUUCAUAAAAUAACCAGAUUGGAAUUAUUUGUAUAUUUAAAAAAAAAAUUAAGAUAUUUAAUUAUUUAUUUUGAUUGAUUAAAAUCUUUCUUUCUUUCUUUCUUUCUUUCUUCUCAGCAUAUUGGUUGAGCUGACUCACUCUGUGAGACUGCUAUAACCAAGGUUCUGCAAAUUUAGUUUGUAAUGAACAGUGGUUUCCUGUGUCUGAUUAAUGGCCAUUUUGGAUUUUUUUUCACUAUGGCUUGGCUACCAGAACUCCAGCUGACCAAGACUGCACUUUUCUCAAUCAUCAUUUAACAGUUUUUUUUUUUUUUUUUUUUUUAAAUCAGAGGCUUUGUCUAAUCAGAGUUAUGUGUGAACUUGAAUAAAGAAGUAGAAAGAGGAUGCAGCUUGCUGUUCUGUGCCUAUUUUACUUGGCUCCUUUAAGAAGUUCACACAAACAGACAGUGGGUCUCAGGCAGGGUUAGGUGAACCAGUUCAGGAGAGAUACCAAUUUCUGCUUUUCCUGUGUGAACUUUCAUCCAUUUCUUGAACCAAAUUUGAACAAAACCUCUUAAGGUUCUGAAAUGUUCUAAUACAGUUUGCUUUCAUUUUAAUUAAAAACAGCUCCAUACCAAAAUCGCUAGGUGUGAACACCUUCAAAGUAGAGCUGGUUUUAAAAUUUUCCUUCUAAAAUGUUGUUGGUUGUUUUUGUUUUUUUAGUGGAAAAUGGCUUUUCAAUGCAAUGGACAUCUUUAUGAGAAAAUUUCCAUAGUCUCUGAACAUUUUUGCGAUUUUUGUUAUAAAAAUUCAAAAUCCCCAAACCACAAUUUGUUUCGGUUUUCAGCAACUAAAAGACUAAAUUUUAUUUAUUUAGUAAGUUAGUUUUGGUUUUUCAAUGUUAACGUGAAAAAUCAAAAUCAGUUAAAAUGGGAAAAAUGUUUUCAAUCAAAAUUUUUCACACAGAAAAUUUUUAAAAAACCCACCCAUCUUCUGACUAGCUUUAUGUCAAAUUUUGUAGGAGGUUCAAAUCUGGAUCUGGAUCCUAAUUUUGCACCUCAUCCCUAACUCAAUAAUGGGCUGACCCAAAACUUUGGAUCAAACCCUCCUGAACUUUGAGUGAGUUUGAAAUUCAGACCCUUGUUCUCAAGUCUGUAAUUUUUGCACAUCUUUGUGCUUCUUGGCUCAAAAUAUGACCAGUAAAAAGAAAUACUGGAAAUCCUUAUAGAAGGUUGUGCUGUUAAGAUUUCCAUCCCCCUUCUCUAGACCCAGAAGGUUCAGAUAAGCUUCUUUUUACCAUCACCAGUGAGAUUUUAAAGAGCUCCAGAAUGCCUCUACUCAAGGCAUUUUUGUGGCCUUCCAUUGUAUUUAGAAUUUUAAGUAGUAUGUGUUAAUCCUGCGGGAGAUUGUUUAUCUACAUUGGCAAAGCAACAUUUCUGAAAAGAAUCUAAGUGACAAGACAGACAGAACAGAUUUACAAUAACUUUGUUCAUAAAUUUCUUGCAAGAUGUAAAGAGAGACAUAGUGCAGAGGGGGAAGAAGCCAACAAUAUGGAUUUAAUCAUCUACAUUUCAGAAAUGCAGACCAAAUGUCUGUAAAGAUGUCCAUUUCAUCCAAACAUUUCUUAGGUAUUUGUUUCAAAGAUAUUAGUUCACUCAGUCCAACACUCCAUUCAUAUUUGGAACCCAUGUCAAUUCCUCUUUAAUUUCGGGGCUGCUAGGAGAACUCAUACGUUAGUAACACUCUGAUUUUCUGUUAGGAUAUUUGAGUUGCUGAUAAGCUGCCUUAGCUGUAAAGGUGAGAAGACUAAGGAAGUACCUGUUUCUUGGACACUUAAAAUAGGAAUCAUAACUAACACCUGCCCUCUCCAAGGAAAGAAAUCUUCAGAGGAUGUUGCUUUCCCAUUGGAAUGCAGCUCCAAGAUAUAUUUUGCUGCAUAUAUAACUACUGGAUAUCAGCCUUGCCCCAUGUUUGGAUCAUCUUAAAGGUUAACUGGCAGGGAGAAAUGGCAUGCACGUAUCAGAAGGAAGUUAGCCAAAGGGACUGAGGACAGGAAAGCAGCCACUUUUCUGUUCGGGUACGUGAGACUGACCAUGCACUUUGUGUAGUAACAGUUCUCGUGAACCACUUGUUAAGCUUCACACCUUUUGCUACCCAUCUCUCCCUGUCUCAGCCCAGGUCCAGCAUUUCUUUCCUCCUUUAUUUUCCAUACCGCAUAACAAAACAUGAGAGAAAUAGGGACAUAAGCCCAGAUCCCUAAAGGUAUGUAGCGCCCUUACUUCCAUUAAAAUCAAUGGAAGUUAGGAGACUAAAUACUUUUGAGGUUCUGGACUACAGGCACUAGAGAAACAAUAGACCUGGCCUCUCAACCUCAGUUUGGUCAUGACUUCUCUGCCCUUCCCAUAUCGCUAGAUGAGAGGGGGGUCACAGAUAGACCUCAGCUGUAUGGGAGAGAGGUUCGGGGGGGUUACAGUAUGGAAAAGGGGGUAAAGAAAAAGUUGAGAACCUAGUUUUAGUGCAUACUGUCCAUCUCCUGUCUCCUGAUACAGGCCAUGCCAUCUUUUAAACUGAUAGGACUCAUUGAUCCAAAGGCCAGUUAUUGCAACAGAAUUUCUCUUAUCCCUCAACAUCCCAACAUUGCAGUGGAAGCCAGAGCCACAAAUGGGUGUCAGCCUCCUUCCUGAUGGGGCAGAUAUUUGAUUGGUGGGUGGGUUUAUUGGCUUAUUGAAAAAUUAGGUAGCAUAAAGCCAGCAUCACCAGAGAGUGAUUUUACAGCCCGAUUAAGCCCCAGCAGCUGAUAGAAACUUUCCCUUUUUAAAAUGAGUUGAACAUUUUAAGAAAAGAAAUGAAAUCCUCCAUUCUCUUUAUAGAUUUUUGUUUAGGCAUUGGGAAGUUUGAAUUUGUUUAUUAUUUCUCUCCACAUUGUCAUCCUUCAUGAUAUAUUUCUGAUGUAAAUUUUUUUUUUCUAGCAGAUUUUCUCCCUUUGCUGCAUCUUUUAUCUCUUCUUUAAUGCUCACAUCUGUGACUAGCUAGCGAUGCCAGAAGAGACAGGAAAGGGUUAGACUUGUUGAGUAGCUGAAGGAGCUAAUUCAUUUUUAGAGAAAUUUUAGUAUUAAAGCCUAUUUAUUUUUUUAAAAUCCAUUUCUUUUAAUGUGGUAUCCUAGAGCUAUUGUAACCAUGAACAAUGGGCUAGACUGUGACAGCACUGAGCAAGGAAUGGUGUAUAAAUUAGUCCAUCCUAGGAGUAGCACCAGGAGUCACUGUGACCCUAAGACACCCUCUGAGUCACAGUGAUUCCUUUGUGUCCUUGUUCUAGCAGGAUAGUCAUUUACUACUGGCAUAUACCAGCAGCAAAAUAUGAGACCCCACCCAUGCUAUGAUGGCCAAUUCUUCUUCAUAGCAUAUGUGCAAUGCACCGCAUGUGGCACGUGACCAGGAUUCAUUACCGCAUUUAAUCUGCUGGUUGGAUCAUUAGCUUGCCCAGCCCAGGCCGGGUAUUGACGGGAGUGCAAUGUGAACGCUGAUCCAUGCCCCCAAGAGGAUGGAAAAGGCUGGAGCCAAUCCUCUGCUCAUUCCCUGCCUCUCACCAGCUCGGGGAAAAUCAGAAGCAGGCAUGUGUGGGAGCUUUUUUUUAACUAUGCAGCAAGUAUUGUAUGAACUCAGUGGCAUUUCUAAGACUUGGGAUUUCGGGCAGCCAGGAAUUCCUCUAUGGCACAAUGACAGGACCUAAAUCAUCCCCCUCCCCCAUUCCCUUAUUGCAGAGAUUUAAAAAUUUUCAACACUGAAGACAAUAAUACACUCGGAAUAAAGUGCAUUUUUUGAGCUGCACCUCAUCACCCCCCGAACUACGACACUAUCAUUAGUUCAGCAAACUCCGCCGCCAAAUAGACACUUCUAUUAUGUGAUGUCUCUGGCGGGGUGGCUGCGCUCUUCUAUGAAGUGUCUACUCAAAGGCCACCCCAUUGGGUAGGCUCCAGAUACAAAGAGAGCUAGAGAGAGAGAAGCAGGCGGAGGUUCCAAUGCCACUAUUCUUGAGCCCAGUUCUCUAGCCACGGUAUAAUAGACUUCAGUGCACGUUGCUCCUAAGACUAGAAUACCACAAAAGUCCCUGUCCAGCAAAGCAUUUAAACACAUUUUAGUUUUAAGCAUGAGAGUAAGGACUACUUGUGUGUUCAAGCGCUUGGCUGGACGAGCGUCACCCACAUUAGGGAAAUCUAUACAAAUAAAGAGCACAGAUUCUGUUUCCUUUGACGUCCCAUGGGCAGAAUUUUUCAGAGACUUUGGAGCAGCUCCUCAGAGGUAUUUGGGUGCCCAACUCCCAUCUGGGCCUUUGUCUUUAGAGAAUAAUGAAUAUUUGAAGAAAACAGAAAUAGCAGUGAUAUAUGGUUUUCAGUAAAGUGAUAAGCACAACAAGGGGCCAAAUUCUGCUUUUGGUGUAAAUGGAGAAACUCAGUGACUCCCUUAGAAAUUAUUCUGCAUGUUGGACUAGGCUGUGCUGCUAUAGUCUAAUAUCAUUGCCUAUGAUUCAAUGGGUUGCAUGGGCUAGAGAACCACACGCUCUUUGGUGGUACCUAACAGUAUAACCACGCCCCCAUUGUGUCUGUCUCACUCUUUUUAUGAAGCAGCGUGUUUAAAAGAAAACUAGGUAGGGUGUCGUUUUUAGUGGAGGAGAAGCAAUCCAGCCAUGCUUUAAUGGUUCUCAGCAUUGGUUCUGUCAAUUAGCACCUCAGGGUGGAAGCUGUUGGCAGAAGACCGCCCGAGGUUAAAACAUUGAAGUAGCAAAGUUUGGGUGUUGCAUGCAGAGGGUACUACAGGGACCCCCUAAAAGCUGUUCAUGUUGUAGAACACUAGCACCCGUGAAUAGCCUUCAACUCCCAAAGAACCAUUUCAGUUGGAAAUGCGUCAUAUCAGCGUAGAUACUGCAUUGUUACUGGGUGGCUUUUGUUGCUUCUGAACCAUCCCUGUGGAACCACAGACUCUAAAGAAGUUGUGAAAUGACUUCUGGCACCAAAUUAAUCUCUUUUUGCACUACAUUGCACUGUUGUUUGGAAACAAGUAAUAAUUAAAUGACAUUUACAAAUAGCCAAUUUCUCUAUCUUUUUUAUUGAUUAAAAAAAAAAAAAGAAAAAAAAGACAACCAGACCAUUCAUAGCCUGUUAGGAAAUGUGAGUUUCUCCACAGCUUUUUGAGACUCUAAUAAGUAAGCCAUAAUGACACAAAAUAGAAUGGAGAGCAAUGUGAUUCUAAACAUUGUGAUUACCAUUUGUGUUAAGGAUUAGAUUUAGGGCUAAAUUAACAAAUAUUCUGUGAGGGAUUGUAGUCUGGUUGUUGGAACAGGACUCCUAGAAGUCUGCUCCAUCCCCAACUCUUUUGAUGCUUGCUGAGAGUCAUUGAACAAGACACUUCAGCUCCCCAGGCUAGAUACUUUACUUACACUGAGUAGCACAUUCCUCCAUGAAUGGUCCCAUCAACUUUAAUGAGACUAUUUAUGGAGUCAAAUUCUAUUAAUUGUGAAUAAGGGCAUCAGAGUGUGGACCUCCAUUGACCCAUCUGCAAUGUGGAUAUAAUCUAUCCCCACCUUCGAGCAGUGUGGUGAGGUUUAAUUGAUUAAUGUUGUAAAGUGCUGUGAGAUCCUUGGAUGGAAGGUAGUGUCAUAAUGUGAAGCUCAUGUGAAUCACUGACAAUGGUACUGGAUAUCAGCUAAGGUCCUGAUCAUGCUCCCAUUGAUUUAAAUGGGAGUUUUACCAUUUACUUCAGUGAGAACAGGAUCUGGACUUCAGUAGCCAGGAUAAUUUAGUAAUCUCUUGGGGCAACAGAGGAAUUAUUGGGCACUCUGAGCCUUAGAGUGGGCACAGGUCCAAGGGGCUGCAUCCUGACCUCUUUCAGGUAUGCUAACCUGCUCCUGGGUGAAUUUCCAGCACUCCUCAUUGGAGACUGCUGUGAAACCCCUGCCACCGCAUCACAUGAUAAAAUGGGAUUCAGAAAUCAUGUGAUGUGGACUUUCUAGCAGUGAGUCAGACCCAUUGGCCUAAAGUACAGCCACUAAAUUGGUCUGACAUCAGUAACCACAGCGUAAGAGUACGGCCUCUGAAGCGAUUCAAACCAGCAUCUUUGUCACCAGUCGUUUUCUAUUUAUAACAACAACAACACAGAUCUACUUGAUAAUCACAAUAAGGCAUAACAGGCGCACGCAUUGUUCUGCCUCAAUCUCAUUUCUCGUGCGGGUGAGUUAAAGCAUUCAGCCUUUGGCCUCUUGCCUCACACCACACACACCCAAGGCGGGCAAUUAUGGCAUAACAAUGCACACCCUGUUGUGUCUGAAUGCAUAAAGCCCAUUGCACUCCAGCGCUAACCUCCUGCUAAAUGGAUUUAAAAUGUUCCCCUAAGUGCUGAGUCGCCACCCUCCCUAACUUAUUCUUGCCAAUGUCAUUUUGUAUCUAAGUCUUUGGUUUUGAACGAGUGAGAGCUCAUGGCAUUGUUUAAUGUUGGCAACGGCGGGGCAUUGCUGGCAAUAAAAAGAAAGGGAAAAGUCUUUCCCAGUGAAAAAUCAA